AUGACCCCGUUCCAUGUCAUCUCAAAGGUUAUCUUGGGUAUGUAUGAGCUGGAUUUGGGUGAUCACAUCGUCCUUAACAAAUGCUUUGCUCUUAUUGUGUCAUCAGCUGCAAAAUUAUCCAAGGUUGCCACAGUGAUAGCUCGAGUGCUGAAGGAUCGAAAUGAUGCAUUGGAGGAUCUAUGGACUUGCGAUGAAGGGUUGAACGCCAUCUCUGAUUCAUCGAUCUGUGCACUACAAUGCAUCAACGCGCUGUCAAAGAAGAAUUUGCCAUCAGCUUUGAGGACCCAUUAUUGGAACUAA